AUGGUUCCAUGGAAUUCAUUUCCAUUAGAAAUAAUCUAUCAAGUAUUUGGUUGGUUAGCUUUUCUUUCAUGGUCUCUUGCUGGCUACCCUCAACUCAUCUCCAAUUUUCGUAGAAAAAGUGUGGUUGGUUUAAGCUUAGAUUUUACAGUCUUGAACUUCACAAAGUUCUGGUCAUAUCUCAUUUACAACGCUUCCCUCUUCUUUAGCCCUGUUGUUCAGAAACAAUAUUUUGAUAAAUAUGGUUAUGGGCAGAUGAUUCCUGUAGCUGCUAAUGAUGUUGCUUUCUCUACUCAUGCUGUUAUAAUCAAUUUGAUUGUAUUGUUUCAAUUUGCAAUCUAUGGAAAUGGAAGCCAGAAGCUAUCCAAGUAUACAAUUGCAAUAUUUGCUGGUGUGUGGUUCAUUGCUGCUGUUUGUUUUUUCAUAGCAUUGCAUAGCCAAUCUUGGCUUUGGCUUAUCUCCAUUUUCAAUUUAAUUCAAGUGUGUAUGACCCUCAUCAAAUAUUUUCCCCAGGCACUCAUGAACUUCGUGAGGAAAAGCACAGAUGGAUUUAGCAUUGGCAGUAUUCUCCUUGAUUUUUCAGGAGGUGUCUUAAAUUAUUCACAAAUGGUUGUGCAAUCUAUAGAUCAAGAUUCAUGGGUGAAUUUCUAUGGAAACAUUGGUAAAGUAAUGAUAUCCUUGGUAAGUAUAUUCUAUGAUUCAAUUUUAAUGUGUCAACAUUAUGUACUAUAUCGUCACAAGAAAGUGCUUAUUACUCCUGAAAAUUCUAAAGAAAUCAAGAAACCAUUGAUUAGUUCAAGUCCAUUAGAUGAACAAAUUCAUGAUUCAGUUUGA